CAAACUCCAGCAGCGGCGAGAGAAACGUGAUAGCAGGUAAUCAUGGCUGGAGGAAGGAAGCAAGAGAAACUGGAUUUGAUCGCCCAACGGGUCAGGGCGAUUCCAGACUUCCCCAAGAAAGGCAUUCUUUUCAGGGAUAUCUGCCCGAUAUUGAAGGAUCCUGGAGCUGUCGCAGCUGUCAUCGAUUUAUUUGAAGAAUAUGUGAGGCAGACAAACCUCGACAUUGACUUAAUAGUAGGCCUGGAUGCCCGCGGAUUCCUCUUCGGACCUCUCCUGGCACAGAGGCUGGGAGUUGGCUUUGUGUUAGUCCGCAAGAAAGGGAAGCUCCCCGGUCCCACGGUGUCUGUGUCGUACUGUCUGGAGUAUGGAAAGGCUGAAUUGGAAAUCCAGGAGGAUGCUGUGUCUGCAGGCCAAAAGGUGAUGCUCAUUGAUGACCUGCUGGCCACUGGAGGAACUCUGGCUGCUACCUGUGACCUGAUGACGCAGAAGCAGGCAACUGUGUUGGGCUGCCUAGUGGUCAUUGAGCUGAAGGAGCUCAAGGGGGCUGAGAAGCUGGGCACUCACAGGCUGUUUUCACUGCUGCAGUAUUAAAGGCCUGCUGGACUGCUCUCUACCUCCAUAUUGGAGUGUUGGAAACAUAUUACAAGCAUGACCCUUCAUGUCAUCCUUCAGCAAAGGAAUGUAAUCAUGCAUGUGUUAAUAUGGGAACUGGUGUGCAGAAGAGCUCUGAAGUAGUACAAAUGGGGAAGGGGGAAAAAAAACAAACCCUCUGCUUAGUUGUACCUUUGGACCAUGAUUCAAAUUUGUUCCUGUAUUGUGAUUUUUUUUUUUUUUCUAUGCAGUGACAGGGCCCUAGCCACUGUGUCAUAUUAGUAAAUCCCUG